CCGUGUUCCCAGUUGAGCUAAACGCGCCAACGAAGAAGUUCGUGUACUACGUCAGGGCAGAGUGCGUUGUUGCAGAGUCACUGUGAGUGUUUCGUGUGUAAACAAGAUGUUGGAGAAAGAAAAGUCUAGAACUAGACAAGUAGAUACUGCUUAAAAAAAUAGAUUCGAUUGCAAUUUAAUUUGUGUUGCUUGUGGAAAGCUAAACCUAAUAAAACAAAUGCAAUAGAUCGCGUUUGUCGCGAAGACAAUCGAUGAGGACACAUUGCUAACAGUUAGCUAGCCACCUCACUGUUGCUUACUACACAUUCGAGGCCCGUUGUUGCAGGGUCUGAUUGCCACUGCAUGUCCAGGCCAUCCGCAAUCUGGACUGUGGGCAGGAUAUCCUGAGCCAGCGGUGCGUGGGGGCUGCCUUAAUUGACAUCCAGAAUCACAACCACAUAAGACUUCUGACCCAUUGAAGCGUGCGGAUCGUUUUCGUGAUGUUGUCAGCUAACCCGAGGAUUCCAAAAGGCUUUCAUUAUAAGCUGGGUGGCUGUUCACUACAACCUCCUCCCACGAUGGAGGCAGGAGGAAAAGACUGUGAGGAUGAGACCCUACAGACUGCCUUCAAAAAGCUCCGGGUAGAUGCUGAAAGCUUGUCUACCACUGUGCACGUCUGUGAGACGUCCGUAAGACCAUCACUCCGAGAGUGGUUACCAGAGGGGGCGAAGCCCAAACUAAGCUGCCCCAAGGAGAACUGGCAUGGUUGUAUGAGGAAGACGUCGAGAGGAGCCGUGAGAAGUCAAAGACGCCGGAGAUCCAAGUCUCCCAUCCUCCACCCUCCAAAGUUCACCUACUGUGGCUCCAAGAUGUCUCCCCCGCCUGGCCACCUGAAGCACAAGAACCUGCCGGAGGCCGAGGGCUGCAGCUCCUUCCUGGGGGUCCCCGUCAAUAACGAACUGCUCUCCUCGGUCCAAUCCUCCUCUGUGUUUGGUGGUGCUGGCUACGAGCCCCACAUCCCUGCUGCCUCUGGGGAAGGCCCCACAGCCAGGCUGGAGGGCGAGGGUGUCACAGAGGCAGCUUCCUGCGUGGGGGCUGACCCUGUAGCUGGGGCGAGUGUGAGUGGAGCUGAAGCCAGAGCUGGAGCUGUGCCCUCUGACUUCCAGUCCCUGUCAAAGCUUCACGAGGGCGGGGGCCUGUGCCCCUGCGCUCGGAGCAAGGGCCAGUGUCAGUGCCCGGGCUGGCAGGGCGUGGAGGUCUACUCCUUUACGGGCCUCCGUAACGUCAUCUCAGAGUGCGAGAGGAACUUGGCGAGCCCUGAGGACGCGUCCCAGACCUCCCCGCACCAGAGAACUCAGACCGCCGGGUCCACCACAUCAGCAUCAAGCUCCCCGCGUUCCUGUUCCGAACAGGCCCGGGGCUAUGUUGAUGACAUCACAAUAGAGGACCUUUCUGGUUACAUGGAGUAUUAUCUUUAUAUUCCCAAGAAAAUGUCACAUAUGGCCGAAAUGAUGUAUACUUAAAUUAAUAAAUAAUUCAAUAAAAAUAUAGAUUUUUGUGGAGUGACUUAAUAAAUGGUAAGGCAUGAAGUAAUUUAUAUAUAAUGUUGAACUGUUUACUCUGCGGAGUUUCUACAUUCUCUUCUGUUCAACUCCAGUACCAGAGCUGAAACACACAUUGAAUUCUUAUUACUUUUGAGUUAUUUGUUUUCCUUUCGUUAUUGAUGAUUGUUCUUAUUUCUGGUUUACAAAUGAAGUUGCCAAAGCUCUAUUGCAAAAACUGCAGGUGGGAUUUGUGGGUAUAUGCGAAAAUGUAAUGGCAUGUGUAAUUGUUUUCCAUGGCCAAGGAAGUUCAUUGUCUGUAGUUUCCAUUUCACUUUAAUAAAACCUUUUUGUUGAAAACAAA